GGGGCUCACGUCAGGAAGUAGACUCAUCCGCCGCAGACACACUUAAUAGUCCCGAUGUUCCGCGCUCACCGUCCGAAGAUUGGCGACUUUUGAUUCGUCUGGAAGACUUUUUGGGGGACGAUAAUGCCGAAUGGUCGCGCUCAUGAAAAUCACCAGAGACAUAUGUCGACUGUUGGGGCUCUCGAGUGGUCCACCUGUGCAGCAGCCGCAGGAAGAACUGAUGGACUGUGGUGCUGCCCACCGUGACCCAAGUGAUGAUGGCCCUUUGUCACAGGAGGCAUUAAAUUGUGAGGAGGAUCUAAGUGAGGGUGAGAAGGCCAGACAGAGAGCAGAGCGACGCAAAGCAAAGAAGAAGCGCCGUCGAAAACGUAAGAAGCAGGAGCAAGUGAAUCAAAGCGAAAGUGCUGAGCAGGUCAACGGUGAUGAAGAUGGAGGAGCCGAGUCCGACUUGGAUGAGAGCGAAUCGGAAGCGGAAGUUAUUGCAGUAGGAGAGACACACGUUCAAAAGGAGGAGACAAAGCCUGCAAAACCUGCUGCCUCAUACAAGCUUGCUACCUCCCCCUCCAGUGCGCAUCAGAGGACCACAACAGCUGAAGAGGAGCCCGAGUGGGAUGUGAACAGCGCCUUUGUUGCCAACGCGGCCAGCCACAUCAAGCCCAAAGGAUCAUGCCGCAAGUCCAAAGAAAACAAAGAGAACGAGGCCAGGAAGGAGAUAAACGGAACGGACAUCACGACAAAGAAAACCACAUCGCUUGCAGAAAAAGGGAUCAAGCUCGUCCAGGAAGGACAGUACUUACAAGCAGCCAACAUGUUUACAGAAGCCAUCAAACAUGAUCCAGAUGAUUACAGGUUCUUUGGGAAUCGUUCUUAUUGCUAUUAUUGCUUGGAGCAGUACACUCAGGCUCUGGCAGAUGCCGAGCGCGCCAUCCAGCUGGCUCCAGACUGGCCCAAAGGUUAUUUUCGCAAGGGAAGUGCUCUCAAAGGCAUGAAGUUAUACAGUGACGCACAAAAAGCUAUGGAGCAGGUGCUUAAACUGGACAACAACUGUGACGAGGCCGUCAAUGAUCUCUUUUACUGCAAAUUGCUCCAAUUAACGGAGCUCGGUUUAAAUGAGAUGGACAGCGCGCUAUUGCUGGAGAGAUAUUCGACAGUGCAAGAGGUUUUGGCAUCCUUUUCUGAUGCUACCAGAGCAGCAAGCCAAGAUCAGUCUGUUGCACUACCUGGAAGCCCCAGUCCAUCGCUCUGGGUGGGGAAUGUGACGACGGAGCUGACCGAAAACCACUUAAGGGACCUUUUUCAAAUGUUUGGCGAGAUCGAUAGUAUCCGUGUGCUGCACGAGCGCUUCUGUGCCUUUGUCAAUUUCAAGGAUGCAAACAUGGCGGCCCGUGCCAUGGAGAGACUAAAUGGUUAUAUCAUUGAAAACACACGUUUAGUGGUGCGCUAUCCUGACCGCCGGCCUCAGAGAGUCCUUCCCACUCCACUCAGGACCUGCCUCUCUGUCACGCAGCAGUCAGGUGCUACUGCUGCCGCCGCCGACCCUGAAUCUCGGCGGCGAGGCCCCAUCAACGGAGACGAGUGUUACUUCUGGAGAACCACCGGCUGCCAUUUUGGAGACCAGUGUCGCUACAAACACGUUCCCGAUCAGAAAGGCAAGGACAGGAAGCCGUGGCAGCCUUAGAAAACUCCCCGAGUCGUUUACAGGAAACCAGGACGCAACCGUGGAAAGGACUUGGCCAGUACCGAGCGGACCAGUUUCUGUCGACUAGAAAUAACUUGGACCGGAGUUAGAGACAAGGUCAGUGUCAAACCCCCUCGAGCGCAGGAGGCGUCACCAUGGAGACUGGAUCGUCACUCAGAAAUGGGGCGACUUUUGCAGCCCUGACACAUGGUGACCUCCCCCUGCCCGAUAACCUCACAGUCCAGUGAAAUGUUUUGUACGAGUCGCUGCAGCCGCGACCACAUGGUUUACUAGAAUUCUGUCCGUUCAUAAAGUACACAGGAUUGUUCAGACCACGCUGAAGGAGAAGAAACGUAAUACAAAUGUUAUAUAAGGUACUACAGUUGCAAGUGGAGGAGAAUAACGU